AUGGGUCGGUUGCAAAAGAUUCUCAUUCCCUUUUUGGGAUUGGUUUUGGCCUUCUGGUUUUAUUCUGCGAGGGAGAAUUUCAAACCCGAGAUGCUGAAAGGGAAGCGGGUGAUUGUCACCGGAGCAAGCACUGGAAUUGGAGAGCAGAUGGCGUAUCACUUGGCGCGGAUGGGGUCCCACAUUUUGAUCACGGCACGGACAGAGGCCAAGCUGCAGAAAGUGGUGGAGCGGUGCCUGGAGCUGGGGGCAGCCUCUGCGCGGUACGUCAGCGGCACCAUGGAGGACAUGGCCUUCGCCGAGCACGUGGUGAAGGAGGCAGAGACCUUGCUGGGAGGCCUGGACAUGCUCAUUCUUAAUCACGUCGGUGCGUCAUACUUCGGUUAUUUCAAUGGGGACGUUGGGCAUGUACGAAAGCUCCUGGAGAUCAACUUCCUCAGCUACGUGGCGAUGACGGUGUCUGCCCUGCCCAUGCUGAAGAAGAGCGAGGGCAGCAUCGUAGUGGUUUCAUCCAUGGCAGGCAAAGUCGGGUUUCCUUUUACGGUCCCCUACUCUGCGACAAAGUUUGCCUUGGAUGGAUUUUUCAGCUCCCUGAGGCAGGAAUUCAGCAUGCAGAGCAUUAACGUUUCCAUCACACUCUGCAUCCUUGGCUUCAUCGAUACUGCCCCGCUGUAG